AUGAAGUUCAAUGCCGUCUCCCUUCUCAUGGCUGCUGGUGCAGCGCUCGCCGUCCCCAUUGUUGAGCGAGACAAUUCUAUCCAGAUCAGUGAUUUCUGGGCCAGAGCUAGCGCUGGCUCCUCCGCUUCGAUGCAUUUCGUCGUGACUGAUCCAAACUACCCCGAGGACACUCCUACCGACUGCAACUUGAUCUGGACAUACGGAUCUUCGCCGAAGGAAAGUGCCCGGUGCAACAACAGUCAAUACUUCAUCCACUUCCCUGAUGGUGCUGUGGACUUCAACCAGUUCACAUUGGGACUUGAAAGGGUUUCCGGCCCAAUCUCUGAGAACGGCCAUGCCUUGCUGACCUCGGGUACGGAGUGGUCUUGUGUGGACAAUCCGGAGAGCAGCGUUCAGCUGAGCUGCUCUUAUGAUGGUGUGCUUAGCAUGCCUGUGUGA